AGACAUAAGACAAUGACAGCUGACUAUUGCUGUAGCAGGUAUCGAAAAAUAAUUUGAUCAAUUUUCCUGUCGUGAAAGAAAACUUACUAACAAAUUUCCUACGAAUAAAGAUAAAGUACAAAGGUAAUCUCAAACCAUCACAAAAUGAAAUAAAAAGUUUGUGAAACAUUACUCCCAGAAAAAUUGAUUGAUUUUUCUAUUUGACCUGAAAACCAGAAAGUAUGAGUGACGACUUGAUUGUAGAUCCCCAAAUCCGAUUUUGGGUAUUUUUGCCCAUAGUCGUGAUCACGUUUUUAGUGGGGAUACUGAGACAUUAUGCCUCGAUUCUACUUUCCAGUCAAAAGAAAGUCGAAAUGCAACAACUCGCUGAUUCUCAACUACUCCUAAGAGCCAGAGCUCUGAGAGAAAACUGCGGAUAUAUCCCAAAGAAUUCGUUUCUAAUGCGAAAGCAAGCAUUCAACAAGGAAGACGGUUAUCUAUUGCAGAAACGGGCUCCAGUUACUCAGAACAUGAUGACCGAUCCUUCGAUGAUGACAGACAUGCUGAAGGGAAACUUGACAAACGUUUUGCCAAUGAUCGUUAUAGGAGGCUGGAUAAACUGGGUUUUUUCUGGAUUCAUUACGACCAAAGUACCAUUUCCAUUAACACUAAGAUUCAAAUCUAUGCUUCAGCGUGGUAUAGAACUGUCACACUUAGAUGCUAGUUGGGUUUCUUCAGCAUCUUGGUACUUUCUGAAUGUAUUUGGCUUGAGAAGCAUUUAUACUCUAGUUCUGGGGGAAAACAAUGCUGCCGAUCAAAGUCGUCAAAUGCAGGAACAAAUGCAAAUGACUGGUGCUGCGUCUGGUAUGCCUGCUGAUCCCAAAAUACCUUUCAAAGCCGAAUGGGAAGCUUUAGAAAUAAUCGAGCAUCAAUGGAAGUUGGCCGAUGUAGAAAAGGAACUGUUAGUAGAUUGAUUAUAUAGAACUAUUGAUAAGUGUAAUUUUUUUGUUUAGCAUCUGGAUUGCAUUUUCUCAGUGUUAAGUUUGAUUAAUUGUAUAUUAAAAUCUUGAGAAAUGAAA